CUUGGGGGAGCCGUGCAAUUCUUUCCCAUUCAGCUGGGAGAGCCUUUCAAAAGCUUUUCAAGUGCCCCAGCUGUCCCAAACUGUCACGCAUGCUCUUGAAUGGCGAGCCAGGCCAUGGCAGGCUGGGAAGGGCUGGACACGCAUUUCUCUUCUGAACUUCCCACCUGUUGGAGCCUCAUUUGGAACAUCAGCCAGAAGGAAUUGUGAGGAGAAGUGGAGUUCAACAUUUAUGUUUCUCGAUACGUCUUGCACCCAAAUCCCAGCUGUGUACCAUGGCCAACUAUGAUUCGUUGGAUGACAAGGGCUCUGUGGAUAUUCAUGAUAACCCCCCUCUGCCAGAUAAUGUCGUGAAAGAAGAAGAUAACACGGUCUAUUUCAUCUAUGACGAGGAGGUGGAGGAAGAGGAGCGAGAUGAGCCGCCCCCGCCGGAGUCCAUCAAGCCCAUCAACGAUCGGCCGCACAAGUUCAAAGAUCAUUACUGCAAGAAGCCCAAAUUCUGCGAUGUGUGCGCGCGCAUGAUCGUUUUAAACAACAAGUUUGCAUUGCGCUGCAAGAACUGCAAAACCAGCAUCCACCACCAGUGUCAGUCCUAUGUGGAGUUCCAGAGGUGCUUUGGCAAAAUUCCUCCAGGCUUCAGGAGAGCAUACAGUUCUCCUCUGUACAGCAGCCAGCAGAAUGCGACUGUCUCCCAGCUUUUGCCUUUCUCGCAGUCCAAUCGCACCGACCCCGUGUUUGAGACUCUGCGCAUCGGUGUCAUUAUGGCCAACAAGGAGCGCAAGAAAGGCUCAGAGGACAAAAAGAACAUGAUGAUGAUGAUGAUGGAGGACGACGAGUCCCAGCCCAAACAGCAGGAGAAUGGGGCUGAAGCUGCUAGCUCAGAGGGAGACAAGCGAGGAGACAAGGUCGCAGCAGAAGACAAGAGUAAAAAGCCUCAGCCAGGGAAGAUUGGCGUGUUCAGUCAGUCUCAUUACUACUUGGCGCUGUACAGCUUCAAGGCUAUUGAGAAAGAUGACCUGGACGUACAUGCUGGCGACCGCAUCACAGUGAUCGAUGAUUCCAAUGAGGAGUGGUGGCGGGGGAAGAUCGGCGAGAGGACGGGCUUCAUCCCGGCUAACUACAUCAUCCGAGUACGAGCUGGAGAGCGGGUGUACAAGGUGACACGUUCCUUUGUUGGCAACAGAGAGAUGGGCCAGAUUACACUGAAGAAAGACCAGAUUGUGGUGAAGAAAGGUGAUGAGGUGAAUGGUUACCUGAAAGUCAGCACAGGACGCAAGCUCGGCUUCUUCCCUGCCAAUUUACUGCAGGAGAUCUGAAGAUGUCUUUGUCAAUUGUCAUCUGAGGGUGGGAACAGCGAGUAGGUGGACACGGGUCACUUCCGCCCCGAGAAUCUGCUUCUCCCAUCCGAUGCCACACAGCAGGAUAUUUCAAACCUCCUUAAGCAGAUACAUUUCAGGAAUAAUAUGCCCAAAAUGCCUAAAAAGUCACCAGUCAUGACAGCACCUGUUCAUCCCUCACUCGAUCUCAGUUCAGCAACCUUGUAGUUUGCUUUCUCUUUUGUUGCAAAAAUAGAUAAAUAAAUACAUAAAUAGGAUGGAUUGGGGGGUGGCAGGGGGAAUGCAGUGCGGUCAACUACCACGCAUGUUGUAACUGUGAUUAACUAGUGACCUUUCCAGGGUGUACCACUCUUCUCAUCAAACCCUUGACCCUAAGGGAGGAUAAAAUGGACAGAUCCUUUUGCCAUGACCAUGUGUAAUCUAUCUCCAAAAUUGUUUUAUUUUAUUUUUGCAAAUAGUCAGCCCAACAAACAGAACGCAUUGACAAGUUUGUCAUGUAAUAUAUCUUUUGACCGGUAGAGGGCUCUCCUGCGCCGCAUUUUGACCAAAUCAACAUGGACCAAAAUGUAUCAUGUUAUUGCAUUGUUACUCAACUCAGUUAAUUAAAUACAAAGAGAUUAGAUUUGCAUGAUCUAAUUAUCAUAAUAUGCAUCAUAUAUGAUGAAUAUAUUCAAAUAUGGAGGUAAUAAUAUCACAGUAUUAUCAAUAAUGCCGUUCUAAUAUGCGGGAGUAGAAAAACAUGUUAGCGCUUCAUGCUGCACGCCUGCUUCGCAGAAAGUAUCACCCUGAACAUUUAGUAUUUACAAAACCCUCGUUUGAUGAAAAGUAAUUACUAUAUUAGUGAUUCUCUUUGCCUGACGAACUCUUAUUGAUUUUUGUUGUUGUUGAGAAAUGUUUGGCCAAAUUAUCAAGACAUUUCCAGAACUGCUUCCUGUCUCUGUCUAAAAUAAUCCAAGCUGUUUUUCCCCUUAUUUUUAUUUCUUUUCAACAAACAAAAACAUAAAACCUCAGCUACCAAAAUGAUCACUCUAUUGAUAGCCGUGUAAGCGAAAACAGGACAAAAUUGGUACAAUACAAAACAAUGUAAGAGCUGGUCAACCCAGCCAUGUGAACUAGCCAAGCUAAAUUACACUAACAUGAAAAAAUAAAGUGUGUGUGAAGACAAGUUAUAUUAAAAUACAAGAUGAUAGGAUGAACUCACCUCCUUGCAAGCUUUGCUAAGCUAAGAUAAACAAAACAAAGUCAGUCUCCACCAAAAAAAUAAAUAAAUAAAAAAAAAGACAAAAUGACAUCUGUCCAUCACUAUGAACGCUGUAAAAUAAACUGGACAAAAUUGUGCCAGCAAGCGGUUUAAGAUUUGAUCAACUAAGUCGUGUUAAGCUAUGCUAGUUCAAGCUAACUCUACAAGCUAAAGCAAGAAAUGCUACAUUGAGAUGACAAAAUAGCCUUUUUAUUCCUGAAAGAUAAUAUACAACGACCACAUAAAUAAAUCUCAGCCAAACUAAAGUUAAGUCUAGAUACACCCCCCCAAAAACAAAAGCGAGCAUACAGUGACACAACAAAACCUGUCUGAUCAGUAAGACAAGACAAAUUCUGACAACCAAGAAACGCUACCCUAUCCAUACAUUUCUGUAAUUUGGAUCGUAGCGAGCUGGUGCCAAGCCCAGCUGACUUUUGGUGAAAGAAGCAGGCUCCACCGGGAUGUGCUUGCCCGUCAAUCACAAGGCACAUCCUUCCUUCUGUCCAUUUUUUCUUUUUGCUGCUUUUCUCAUUUGCGAUGUGGGUGAGCUCUGGAACCGAGCUAUCCCGUUUGACUUCUGGCAACAGAAGCGCGAUCCACCCUGGAAUGGUCACCAGUCAAUUGCAGAGCACAUCCAUUCUUUUUCCACCGUGUUUGUGCUCACUAGAAUGGUAGGGAACUUGAGUAUAUCCCAGCUGACUUGGCGAGAGAAGCGGGUUCCACCCCGGAGUGGGAACGUAUAGGCAGACAAGCAGAGAGGAUGAAGCACACACUAGUUUACAGAGCGGCUCCUGAGCGCUAGGGAGGUGACGCCGGGAAAACGCUGCAGGGUUGGAACCAAUUAGGCCAAGAUUAACCCACACACAAACAUACAUACAAGCCUCCCAACACGCACACACACACACACCACAUCCCUCUCGGGGGGUGUGCCCUGGUGACAAGAUGAGGGAUCGUCAUCAUUACUAUUAUUUAUUUGCUAAGCAGAGGCCGACUCUGGGGCCAAUCCGAAUAGGAUUCACGCAUUAUCAAUGAGCGCCCUUUGCUUUUGGGCUUUGGGUAGCAUGCUCCAGGAGAAAGUGCCUUUGUUAAUGCAUGGAUGAUAAAAGCAUGCGUUCUUUUUGGAAGCAGCAUCACAAUAAACGCCUUUUAAUCAAUUACGCAGCCCCCAUUGUAAGCCCCGCAAACUAUCAUCAAUAAUAUGUGGCGGCAACCAGCGACGUUGCAUGAAUAACUUCAGCACGCGGGAGGGAAUCAAUUGUAAUUCGACCGCAUGCUUGGGAAUCCAAAUGAGAAUUACAGAUAACUUAACAUUGAGGUCCCCAACAUUUGGUACUGAGCCUCACAGAUAGAUCAAGAAAG